UGUUAGCUUUCGGUAUAUGGAUGAGUUUGUUGGUCUCAGAUGUGCGGAGGACCUCAUUCGACUAAGAGUUUUCCCCAACGGCAAGGAGCUCGCGGAAUCCAUGAGUGCUUAUUCAACAGUACGUCAUUACUUACACGCGCACAGCGAUUCUCACUCCGAGAAGGAUGGAAUCUUAUCCUUCCGAGACAAAAAUGUGGUACUUCUUGCAGUCGGAGACGGCUGCACGCCACGCACCGCAACACUUUUCGCCUUUCGUUCUGCUUGGCGCUGCAUCAGUAUCGACCCUGCAAUGAGAGUCGGAGGAAGAUGGGAGACUGUCUCAAAUUUACAAACGAUGAAAUCGCGCGUUCAAGACGUUACUAUUCCAGUCUCCUCGCAUCCGGACAAUGUCGAAAUGGUCGUAGUUGUGAUGUGGCAUUGCCACUGCUCCAUCUCAGAUGCCUUAGGAUGUCUUGAGUUUGACGGUGUUAAAUGGGAUGUGAACGAUGUACAGCAAUCCGCAAAACUCCGAAAGAGAGUGGCACUGGUUACAUGCGCGUGUUGUAACUUUGAUUCGGUCCAACGGACAAUGCCAGAUGGAUCUCGUCCUGAUGCUCAAUUUGAAGACCUAGCAAUACCUGGCCUGAUGCGAACUGUGCGAAAACCACUCAAUCGGCGGGCUUCAUGA